AAGGACUCUGGCUUGGAGGCAACAGCUUAAGAUCGUUUCUUUGCAGGAUCCGAUCAUUCGCUGGAGACGUCCACUGAAUCUGGGUUAUCACUUGAUCUCUGCUCAGGAGCUUCCUACGGAUGGCGAGAAUUGCUGUUGCUGGUACCUGGCUGUUCCAUGGAUAUGCUAGCAAACCAAAGCCAUCAGUCUCGACUCCUGCCCAAUUGCAUAAAGAAUUCACGCCAGCUCUCCCGGCAUUUUUUUCCUUGAAUCGGCAGCGACUCGAAGUACUUCCCUCCAAGUCUCUUCAAACUAGUUUGAUUAGGUGUUAUGAUACAAACAAGGCAGCUUCUGCUAAAUCUGAAGAAAAUGCAACACCAAAUAAGGGAUAUUUUCGCAGUAUAAUUGCUGAAGCCGCUGCUGGGAUCACUCCUGCAGUUGUUCAUUUAUAUGCUCAACAAGGGCAAGAUGAGAAAUUUGGUUCUGGAGCUGUAAUUCAUGAGGAUGGCUACAUUUUGACAUGCUCUCAUAUUUUCUUUGACAAAACCAACAUGAUACAUUCAUCAAAUGGGAAGGUUCUCGUACGUUUGCAAAAACCCAAGGAAGAUGUUGUAGGCCAAGAAUCCAAGAAAGAUGUUGUAGGCCAAGUUGUUGAUGCUUACGUUGAUCUUGACAUUGCCAUCAUAAAGAUCGAUCCCCCAAGUUCUUCUCUUUCAACAGCAAAAGUUGGUUCAUCUAGUGAGCUUCGUCCUGGAGACUGGGCAAUAGCCAUGGGCAGUCCACUUUGCCUUCCAAACACUAUUACACUCGGGAUUUUCAGCCAUGUUUGUCGGACGAGCAAAGACAUCAGUGAUGGAGGAAUGCACGUAGAGUAUCUACAGACAGAUUGUGCAAUCAAUCCAGGAAAUUCUGGGGGUCCUCUUUGCAAUGUUGAUGGAGAAUUAGUUGGUGUCAAUAUAGAGGAACUUCAAAAAGCAUCUGGAGUGAGCUUUGCUGUACCGGUUGAUUUUAUUUCAGCAAUCAUAAAGCCCUUCCAGAAUUUUCAGAGUCCUUUACGACCCGAUUUCGGAUGGGUUGUGCGGAACUUCAGUAAGAACUCUGAAGCACUUGCAAAAAAUUACAGCAAAUUUCGCUAUGGAAAUGAAGGUGUCUUUGUACAAAGGGUAAUAAAAGGAUCCCCUGCUAAUCGUGCUGGCAUUCAAGACCGCGAUGUCAUCGUGGAAUUUAAUGGAAAAAGAGUUCGAGACAUAACAGAGAUGAUGAAUGCUAUGGGGGAAAGAUCUGGAAAACCUGUUGAGGUACUUGUGAAGAGAGCCAGGGAUGGCAGGGAUGAUUCAGUUCGUCUGACCAUUACUUUCCAGGAGAAACCUGUCUCGAGAUUGUAGGAAUUCGGAGGCCUCGACUUUAAUGUCGACUUUGCUAGAUGAAUUGUUAUUUGCAGUACAAUAAAAGUCCAAGCGAUCUGUUACCUUGGAUCCUUGAUUUCAUGAGAGGGCAAUAACGUGGCAUGUAUCAUGUCAUGAAAGAACAUUGACCUGGUGAGGAGAAUAAAAUGGGUGGCUAUUUUGGUUGCAAGU